GAUAAAUUACAUUUUCAAAUUUUAGCUUAUGUCGACCAAUGAGAAUGGCUUUCUGCAAGGAAGACUGUAACACAAUUCUAACAGAGUAUUCUAGAGUGAUGAAGGAAAUUGUGGAAAUACAGGACAGUAAAAUAAAAAUUAAUAAUAGCGUAGAAGUCAUUGUAAGACAUAGAUUCUACUGUACAAUGGUAGAUGGAAAAAUAAUAAAUGCGGUGUGCAAAAAUGCUGCAACUUCGAGAUGCCCUGUUUGUCUAGCUGGACCAAAAACUUUGAAUAAUUUGCCGAGCCAAACCAAUGCAGAUGUUUUGAAAUUUGGAAUAUCCCCUUUGCAUGCAAAAAUUAACUCCAUGGAAUUUUUACUGAGAUGUUCAUACAAACUGGCCUCUACGAAGGAAGAACAAGAAACUAAAAAGAAAAUAAUACAAAAGCAGUUUAAAGAGAAAACUGGUUUAAACAUAGGUAAACCAAAACCAGGGUUUGGUAUUUCCCAUGACGGAAAUACAGCUAGGAGAUUUUUUCAGAACUCGAAAGUUACAUCUGAAAUUAUAGGGAUAGAGUUACCUAUUAUUGAAAGGUUCUCGAAUGUCCUAGCUGCGAUAUCAUGCAACAGAAUUAUUUCACCUGAUCUUAUGAAAAUUAUUUCAUAA